CAUGGGAAAGCGCUUGGCACAGCAAAGUUGAUGACGUAACACGAUCCGCGCGCAUCUGGGAGUCGCAGUAUAGGAGUUCGUUCAGUUCCUUAUGCCAUCAUGAAGCCUACAGCAGUUUGGGCCACUUUCUGCCUCGUCUUAUCGUUUAGACUUGCAGAUGCUGCGCCGAAGGUGCCGGCCAACCGGAUAGUCACCAAGAACUUGAUGCUCAGCAAUGGUCUGGACUUCGGCAAAUGGGGGAUCAUUGAGUAUUGUCCAGACGGAAGCUUUGCCGCUAGUAUAGAGGCUAAGUACGAGGAUCCCCAUUUGACUGAUCUGGACGAAACUGCGCUGAACGCCAUCAAGUUAUAUUGCUCUACUCCUGAAGGACAUCACGAAGGCUACAUCACAUCGACCAUCGGAGAUGAAGGAGAGUGGAAAGGCAUGAAGAGUUGUCCAAACGGCCUAAUGACCGGAAUGCGAGCCCAAGUGUUGCCAUAUCAGGGUUCUUUGUGGGACGACGUGGCGGUGCAAAAUGUGGAGACAGACUGCAAUUACGGCGAGAGCACCAUCCUAGCCCAUGAUGGAACAGGCCAGUCUAAACCUGGAGAAUGGGGCUUAAUGGCCAAGUGCAACGAAGGAUCUGCUAUCUGUGGCCUGGAGAUUCGCUACGAAAUGCCAAACGUGGUCGUAGACACAACAGCAGUGGCCGACAUUUCAAUGUUUUGCUGUGCAAUUGAAAGUCAUGACACCACAGCGGUUCCAUCAACAACAUCCCCACCGGCAGUUUGAACUGAUAGUCAGUUGUAACAGCCUAAAUCUGUUAGUGAAAAGGGCAAUAAACUGCCACACUCA